ACGCCGCGGCCCCUCCCCCGCCCCCUCCCUCCCCCUCCCGGCGGCGGCGGAGCCGGGCGCGGCUGGCGGCGGCCCCGAGGCGCGGCCGGGCGGGAUCAUGGCGGACGGCGUGGACCACAUCGACAUCUACGCCGAUGUGGGCGAGGAGUUCAACCAGGAAGCUGAAUAUGGUGGACAUGAUCAGAUCGAUUUGUACGAUGAUGUAAUUUCUCCGUCUGCAAAUAAUGGAGAUGCCCCAGAAGAUCGUGAUUAUAUGGAUUCUCUCCCACCAUCAGUUGGAGACGAUGUAGGUAAAGGAGCUGCACCAAACGUUGUCUACACGUAUACUGGAAAGAGAAUUGCCUUGUACAUUGGAAAUCUUACUUGGUGGACAACAGAUGAAGACUUAACUGAAGCAGUUCAUUCAUUGGGGGUAAAUGAUAUUUUGGAGAUAAAAUUUUUUGAAAAUCGUGCUAAUGGCCAGUCUAAAGGGUUUGCCCUUGUGGGUGUGGGAUCAGAAGCAUCCUCCAAAAAGCUGAUGGACUUGCUGCCUAAAAGAGAAUUGCAUGGGCAGAAUCCUGUUGUUACUCCAUGUAAUAAACAAUUUUUGAGUCAGUUUGAAAUGCAGUCAAGGAAAACCACGCAGUCUGGCCAGAUGUCAGGGGAAGGUAAAGCCGGGCCUCCAGGAGGAAGCUCACGAGCAGCAUUCCCACCAAGUAACAGAGGGCGAGGCCGUUUUCCUGGUGCCAUUCCAGGUGGAGACAGAUUCCCUGGGCCAGCAGGGCCGGGAGGGCCACCACCACCUUUCCCAGCUGGACAAACUCCCCCACGUCCACCGUUAGGUCCUCCUGGUCCACCAGGCCCACCAGGCCCUCCACCUCCUGGUCAGGUCCUCCCACCUCCUUUAGCUGGACCUCCUAAUCGUGGUGACCGUCCACCACCACCAGUUCUGUUUCCAGGACAGCCUUUUGGUCAGCCUCCUCUCGGGCCCCUUCCUCCAGGCCCUCCACCACCAGUUCCAGGCUACGGGCCACCACCAGGUCCUCCACCACCUCAGCAGGGUCCACCUCCACCUCCGGGUCCAUUUCCCCCUCGUCCACCUGGGCCUCUUGGGCCUCCCCUGACUCUCGCUCCUCCUCCACAUCUCCCUGGGCCACCUCCAGGUGCUCCACCGCCUGCACCACACGUGAAUCCAGCUUUCUUCCCCCCACCUGCCAAUAGUGGCAUACCUACUUCAGACAGCCGUGGCCCACCUCCGACAGAUCCCUAUGGCCGACCUCCACCAUAUGACAGAGGUGACUAUGGGCCACCUGGCAGGCGUUUCACUGGAAAUAACAUGCCCAUAAGAGAAAAAUUACAUAUUCCAUUCUAUGGGAGGCACACGAAAAAUAAUACUCAAAACUCAGGGAGAGAAAUGGAUGCUGCAAGGACACCUCUAAGUGAAGCAGAAUUUGAAGAAAUCAUGAAUAGAAAUAGGGCGAUCUCAAGCAGUGCCAUUUCAAGAGCUGUAUCAGAUGCCAGUGCUGGGGACUAUGGAAGUGCUAUAGAGACCCUGGUAACUGCAAUUUCCUUAAUUAAACAGUCCAAAGUAUCUGCUGAUGAUCGUUGUAAAGUUCUUAUUAGCUCUCUUCAAGACUGCCUUCAUGGAAUUGAGUCCAAGUCUUAUGGUUCUGGAUCCAGAAGACGUGAACGAUCCAGGGAGAGGGACCACAGUAGGUCACGAGAAAAAAGUAGACGCCACAAAUCACGUAGUAGAGAUCGCCAUGAUGACUAUUACCGGGAAAGAAGUCGGGAAAGAGAGAGGCAUCGUGAUCGCGACAGAGAUCGCGACAGAGAACGAGACAGAGAGAGGGAGUAUCGCCAUCGUUAAAGAAGCUGAAGGAAGAGGAACAGCGUGCAAGACAAGAUACGUUCUUCAAGGAAAGAUGCUUGUCCAGCAGUUUGCUUCAUGUGAUUGAACUGAGCCUGUAAGGAUUCAUGGAUAAAAUGAACAGGAAUAGAUCUGAAUAAAGCAAAUCUGCAUACAUGGUAACCAGUAGCUCUUUUACUUUUUUUAUGUUGCUUAACUGUUUUAUUUGAGGGAAACCUGUGUGAUUUAAACCUUAUAGCUUUUGCAACUUUAUUACUGGUUAUAUACAUUUGGCAAUUAUAAUGUGCAAGCAAUUGGAAAAAGUCAAGUAAAUGCUUGUUUUUAUAGUAGUUUGUUCAUGUUAAAAUGUUCAUAUGAUAAUGUCUGUACACAGCACCACUUUGAUUACAGUAGAUGUAGUGUUGUAAUAAACUGUUUAAUGGGGCUGAUGUGUAAAGCUGUUCAAGUUAUUUGAUGUUUACACCUCAGGGAAAGUCUUGUGUUCAGCAAUAUUUAAAGAUAAUGUUACAAUGAAAACAUUGAUGCUGUCUUUAAAAACAUCGCAAUAGUUCUUGCAUAUGCCUCAACCUAAUCUUGCAUUCAGUGAGUUGAACAUACUAAUGUUGCUCUCACACACUCAAUUUUGAUACGAAGACAGAUGGUUCCAAAAACCUUUAAUGCUAUUUUGCUUUCUAGCAGUGUUUGCCUAGGUGGCUUGUGAAUUUGCUAAUUGACAUAUAAAACUGUAAAAACUGCAGUUCCUCACGGUCUGACAGGGGGAGAGGUGGUCCCAGGGCUCUGAUUUUAGCACACUGAAAUUGCUCGCUUUCAAACAGCCUUGGUUCUGGCUGACACUACAGUUUAUAUUAAUUUAAACUGGUUAUAUGAACUUAAACUGUUCAUAUCGAGGGGUGGAAAGGUUAGCUUUAAAAAAUAAAAGUUAAAAAAAAAAUAAAAAAUUCUGCAGUUGUUUACAGUUUUAUAGUAAUAGUGCUUGUGUGUGUUUUCCCCCUUCCCCUACACCCCCAAGGCCGUAGCAGUCUGUACAUAGUUGUAUAUUAGAAAUGUGACAGAAGAAACCAGAUGUUUCCAUUUUUCAGACUUUAUGGGUUUGAUAUUUUCUUAAUACUUUGGGGUUUAUUCACACAUGCAUAUGAAAGAGAAGGUACACUUGUAUGUCCUUGUUCAGUGAUGGGCAAUAUUGAAAUAACCUUAGCAAAAAGUGGCGAUAAUUAAGUCUGUCAAAUGAGGUUUUGUAAAUUUACCUAAAAACAAUUCACUGGAGCUUGCAGUGGAAGUUGACUUCCAGUCAAGUGGAUGUUUCAAACAACUUGAGAACAAACAGGAUUUUAUUCUAAAUUUCAUUGCAUGAAGCAUAAGUGAACAGAAAAAUUCAUGUAAUUUGUAAGAAUUCGGUUUCUGGCAGCCUUGCACAAAGGCUCAUUAUUCAUCUAUUCUAAGUCAUUAUGUAAUGGCUUUAUUAUUAGCAUUUUCAUUUAUUCAAAUAGCAGCACUUAAUGUUUUAAGUUAAAUUUCAAGACCUCAAAUGGCUUUAAGAGGCAACUCUUAGACAGCUCUUGAUUUCCUUUCUUUUUUUUACUGAUUUUUCUUGAAGGUUUUACAGCAGACCUAAAAUAUGUUACCUUGUUCAGGAAAGCACUUCAUUUGGUUUUCCAGAGCAUUCAGAGCACAUGCUUGCAUUCCAUAGAUUUCAAGGAAUGUAAACAUAUGCUUUAGGUUUCUUUUUGUGUGUGAUUUUUAUGCUUUACUGAGUUGGGACCAGUAGCCUUUGCAACUGCAGAAGUUUUUGCAGAAGUCUGAAACGCUCUAACUAAUUUUUGUCACUUGCCACUUGGCCAGAUUUUCUGCAGCCAGCUUGAUGCUGUUGGAUUUGGCCACAAGCUUCAGACUACCCCUUUUUUUUUCCUUAAAUUGUGUACCUUGAAUCCUCAUGCAUGGGAUCACUGGUGUUUAUUGAACUAUUUGCUACUGAGAAGAUAUUUGCAAUGUUUGUUUAAUCCUGUUGGAAACUGAAAACUGCCUUUUAAAAUUUUGUAAACUGAAAGUUGUAUCAAACAAGUCAUGACUCAUUUCCUGCUUUUUGUGAAUAGGUGUUGGUUACAAACAAUACUGUUGUAAUUUUUAUUUUUAUUUUUUACUUAAAACCAUUGUUUACUGCUGUGUGUAAUAAGUUUAAGGGAGGAGAAACCUGCCUAUAGCUGUUACAUGGGGAGUAGCUAAUGCUGGAGAGGCAGCAGGUAAGUAAUGUUCCACUGCAUAGCUAUAUUCAAUCUUAAAAUAAAAAAGUUAAUUGAAAAGCGUUUUAUGCAGGAACUGAUACUUUACUCCACACGGAAACAGAUUUAAGGAGACUGUUGCUCUUUUACAGAGUGUAAUUUCUCAUGCAUACAGAUUUCCGUUGCUGGCAAUGGAAAUAGCAGGGAGGAAAUAGCAAGGAGAAAACAACACAGGUGAAACUGAGUGUUUGUUGUGGCUUGAAAGACGAGGUACCCAUUUGAAGCCCCUUAUUUCUGCCUGUGCUUUGAACACCUAGUUUUAACUGAUAGACACACUGUGUCACAGUUUAGAUAAUAUUCUCGUUAUUGUGAGUUCCAUUUGUUAGAUUUUUUUAAAUGAAACAAUAAAUAUGUACAGAAAAAAAAUCCAAAGACCCUGAUAGACACCAAAAAGGAAUAUGUCUAAUGCACAUCAUGUAUAACUGGAUCUAUAAUACAAUUUGUACCAGGUUUUGGUUUCUUAAGUGUUACUGGCAAUUUCCUGUGCAUGCUCAGGAAAUAGCAGCUCGGUAAUUUACUGGCUGGUGGUGAUGCCACGAUGGCUACUGCUGUGUUCUUUGAUAUUCACUCAGUUGUAUUUCAUCUCCUUUUGCUGAUGGAAGGGUAAAUCCGUCUGUGAGGAAAUAUUUGAUAUUUCUUUUAAAUACUGUUUUUUAUAAGUAAUGUUGAAAAUAACCUAAGGCCAUGCCCUUUAUCUUGAACAACAAAACCAACAAGUAGGGGUGGUGGCACGUUAGCGACAAGUUGUUUUUGCAGUAGGCUUGGGACUUUUUUUGUUCUGUUUUGUUUUUUAAAUAGGGUGAGGCUUUUUUUUCUUAGUAAAGGUUCUACUGGGCUAUAUGUUUUGACAGGUCAAAAAUAGUUCUUCAAAAGAAGAACAAAACUUUGGAAACUACAGCCUUUUUCUCUCACUUUCUUUUUGCUUUCUGUGCCAAUAACUUGAGUUCUGACUGCAUCAUGGAAAAACAUGUAUCAGAACUUCACAUUUUUAUUUACAGUGUGGCUUAAAAGCUUGGAUAGCUGUUGUUUUUCCGUGUUCAACAAGCAAGAUACCUUAUUAAGUUUAAGCUAGCUUGAUUAGUUUUUUCCCCUCUAAGUAGAGAG